AUGGGAAUAUCACCGUUCCUGGAAACUUUCCAUCUCACGUCCAUCUUGAUCUCUAUGCUGCCCGAGUUAUCGAGCAGACGACCCGUGAGCCACCCCACCCCCUACCAUGGUCUCAAUGAUUUGAACCUGCGGUGGAUUGCUGCGCAGAAUUGGACCUAUACGUCCAACCCCAUCUCUGGAUUGACCAAGGACGAGAGCCUGUCUACUUGGCUCGUCUUCGACGGCCUCGACACCUACAGCACUAUCAAGCUUUGCGACAAAACUGUGGCGACUACGGAUAAUCAGUUUAAACAGUGGUUGUUCGAUGUGACAUCAGUUGUCAAUGACUGCGACGGCGAGGGCGUGCUCAGCAUCAACUUUGGAGCUGUGCCAGCCAUCAUCAACAAACUAAAUGGCAGUGGCAUUGAAACCUGGCCACAGGAAGUCGUUCCUCCUUUCGAGUAUCCCAAUCGACAAUGGGUGCGCAAAGAGCAGUCCGACUUUGGCUGGGACUGGGGUCCAGCCUUUGUCCCGACCGGUCCUUGGCGGGACGGUCGCAUUGUCCGGCUCAAGAAUGAAGAAGCGUACUCUCUCAAUACUAACAUUGAUAUUUAUCGCAAGGGGCAGGUGAACAACUUUGCGCCAGACCAGAGCCAGCCAUGGGUUGUCAAUGCCAGUCUCGAUUACAUUGGCAAUCUGCCCAAGCAGAGCUCCAUGCAUGCCGUUAUCACCGACGCGGAUGACAAGAAUAAGGUUCUCUUCUCUGGCGCGCUGGAUAAUGUCACCAGAUCCAACACAACGAUCACAGGUUCGGUCGUCAUUGACGCUGACAAGCCCCAGCUCUGGUGGCCUCACGGGAUGGGCAAGCAAUCGCUGAAUUCGAUUACAGUUUCGGUCUCCGGCUGCGAAGGUGGCAAUCCCGCUCUGUCGUCAGAGAGAAGGGUCGGAUUCAGGACCAUCCUACUCAGUACGGGAAACGUAACAGAUGCGCAAAUCGCCCGCGGGUAUCAACCGGGCAACAACUGGCACUUUCAAAUCAACGGUCACGAGUUUUACGCCAAAGGCGCCAACAUGAUCCCGCCAGAUGCAUUCUGGCCGCGUGUCACAAACGAAAGGAUGACUCGCAUGUUUGACUCUGUCCAGGCACAGAACUUCAAUAUGCUGCGAAUCUGGUCGUCCGGCGCGUACCUGCCCGAUUUUAUUUACGAUCUUGCUGAUGAGCGCGGCAUCUUGCUUUGGAGUGAAUUCGAAUUCAGUGACAGCUUGUACCCCGAUUACCCCGAGUUUGCCCAGAGUGUCAGCGAUGAGAUUUACUACAAUGUCCGGCGCAUUAACCAUCACCCAUCCCUGGCCUGCUGGGCGGGCGGAAACGAAUUCGAGAAUCUUCUUUUACCCCAAGCGAAAUCCGCUGACCCAGAGCGCUAUCCGUACUAUUUAGGCCAGUAUGAGCAUCUGUUCAUCACUGUCAUAUUCACUCUUGUCGCCGAGAACAGUCACUCCAUCUCGUACACCCCGAGCAGUGCCAACAACGGGUGGACAAAAAUCGACUUUUCCCUGCCAGUGCCUAUGAUUGAGCGCUACAACAAUGAGACAAAGGGCGAGCUUUAUAGCAACACUGACUAUUACAACUAUGACACCAGUCUCUCGUUCGAAUCUAGCAGAUAUCCUGUAGGUCGCUUUGCCGUCGAGUUUGGCUUCACCAGCAUGCCCAGCCUGGCAACUUGGAAAGAAGCGCUGGAAGAGGAAGACUUGCACUUCAACUCGUCCAUGAUUACAGUUCGAAACCAUCACUACCCUGCAGGUGGCUUAGAGACAAACUACACCAAGGGCGCUCGAGGAUUGGCCGAGAUGACUCUUGCCGUCGAGAGAUACUACCCUACACCAAACAAGAAGGACGCCAUGGCCAACUUUAGCUCCUGGUGUCAUGCUACACAGCUCUUCCAGGCUGAUUUUUACAAGUCUCAGAUACAAUUCUAUCGUCGUGGAAGUGGCAUGCCAGAACGCCAGAUGGGGUCAUUGUACUGGCAACUGAACGAUAUCUGGCAAGCACCUACAUGGGCGGCAAUCGAAUACAGCGGUCGCUGGAAGGCUUUACCUUACGUGACGAGGCACCUCUACAAGAAUGUCAUUUCAGCACCGCACUUUAACCACACAUCCGGCGAUUUGGAGGUUUGGGUCACUUCGGACCUGUGGGAGUCUGUGUCGGGUAGCGUGUCGCUCAGCUGGGUCGAUCUCGGGGGGAAGCCCAUGGUCGACAACGCGGGAAUGCCCAAGACUGUCAACUUCACCGUUCCCGCCAUCAACAGCACAUGUUUGCUAAAUACAAAUAUUGCGGACGUCAAACUGUCAGACCGAAGUGAUGCGAUUCUACUCAUAUCCCUCGAGGCGGAUGGCCGUCUCCCCAACGGCAAAUCCACGACAUGUUUCACACACAAUGACCACUUCUUGCCCGUGUGGCCCAAGGACAUCAAACUUGUCGAUCCUGGUCUCAAGUUGACCAAGUGUAACUCGACUGGUGACUUUAUCGUCGAGGCAACAAAAGGCGUUUCGCUGUACACGUGGCUGACGCACCCGGCGGAGGUUGUGGGCUUUUUCGACGACAAUCUCUUCGUGCUGCUUCCAGGGGAGAAGAAGCAUGUUGGAUUCAAGCUGCAAGAAGACACUUCUAGCGGCGAGUGGAUGGACAAGGUGUCGGUGGAGAGCCUAUGGGACAUGACGACACAUAACUAA